AUGCGAGGUUUACGGAAACCCUCUGAAGACAUGGUCUUCACUCCUCACCCUCUGUCGUUGUAUCGAUCAACUCCCGCUCUUCCGGCUGUUCCCUCAGUCGAAUCAGCUACCGUCUCCUGUCUUGACACUACGAUUGCGACGUCUGAACAAGUGCCGCAUAAUCAAUCGAUCCACACUCUCAGUGGAACGCUGUCUCCAUCACAUUCACUGCUCGGCCAAGCAAGCAAAGCUCAGGAGGAAGGGAUUGCAUCUGCUCUCUCUUCGGUAGCUCUUCAAGCACGUCAACCUACAUCUGACAACAGAACGCCAAGCAUCGACGUCUCAGAUAGGAUUCACUCUCCUAUCGAAGAAUCAGGUAAAGCUCAAACUGCUCUCGAACAACAGACAGAUACCGUUCACACAAUUAAGAUCCUCAGGUUUCUACGAGGCGGUGAUAUUUGGGGUUUCUGGCUAGCUGAACAUCCUGUAUUUGGCCAGGUUUGUCUCAAAUUCGUCAACAUUGAUCAUCCACCCCCAACAAUUUACGAUAUUGACGAUCCAGAAGCUCCAGGACUAGACAUACUUGAAGAAGCUUUGAAGGAAGAGAGAAUGUACCUAAACAUCCUCAAACCUGUUCAAGGCUCUUUGGUUCCACACUACUAUGGACUAUACCAGAUUACUCUUGGAUUGCAUCGUGAUCAUGCAUACUUGGCAAUGAUUCUCGAAUUUGUUGGAUGGCCAAUUGGUCCGUAUUAUCCUCACAGGACUCAGGAAAUGAGGUCAGCUACCUACGCUGCUUAUCAAGAGUUACAUCUUCUGGGUGUGCUACAUGAAAAUUUGUGUGGAAGGCACGUUCUAAUGAGCAGAACCCAGGACGACGAGCUCAAAGCUCGAUUGGUAGGCUUCCGAUAUGCUUCGCUCGUGGAUCCGACCCAACCUGAAGGCGUCAUUGAGCUUGUUGAGGAGGCUGGCGCAGUGAGAUCAGUGGUAGGUCUCACAAAGCUGAAGACAUUGAACAUGAAAACAGAAGUCCCGGCAUAUUGGUCAAAGCUCGAAGACCCUGAUGCCUUUUUGGCUUUGUAUGAUUGA